GACGUUAAAGUGCCCGUUACCCUCGGGGUCAUGUCAAGGUGCCCCGAUGCUUUGUUGUGCGAAAGCGUGUUCGACAGGGUUGUCACUGUCGUGCCUGAUAAAAUAGACUUCAAUCUCUCUUACCUUGGCAAAUUGAACGACUCUGAACCGGACUUCGGCGUGACAUGCAUGCACGGCCCUGAUGAGUGUGCAGGCAACAUCCAGCAGCUCUGCGUGGCCAAAUACCAACCCCUUGCGAAAUGGUGGCAAUUCGUGCAAUGCAAUAACUACCAGGGCCGACCCCAGAUUGGCAAGCCGGAAGUAGCCUUGAAGUGCGCAAAGGCUGCGAAAAUUGAGUGGGAGGGUAGCGACAUUGCGGGUUGUGCAGGAUCCGAUGCAAGUGGGAAGGCGGAAGAGGGGAUUGAGUUAUUGAGGCAGAGCGUGAAGGAGACGGAACGGCUGAACAUUAAGAAAAGCUGCACCAUCAUGAUCAAUGGCAACAAGGUCUGCGUGCGUGAUGGCGCUUGGAAGGAGUGCGAGGCCGGCCACGAUCCUAAGGACUUCAUUAGGCAAAUUAACGAAGAGUAUCGUCAUCUGAAUAGUCGC